GCGGAAGCGAGAGAAACACCGCACAGAUCCACCUGUCGGUGAAGCGGCGGGUGAGUUUCAGGUGUAGCCGUCUGUCGUUGGCUGUUGGCUCAGUCUAAUCUCUAAUCGAAUUAUCCCUGCGCUCAAGAAAAGACAAACCACUUGAACACGUCAAAUGUGUCACGGACAGUAGUUCGAGACGAUUCCGUCAUUUAUUCAAUGUUGUCGAAUAAGUCGAAUAAAUGUAGCUGUUGUCAGUCUCUUGUUAAGGAUGUGUUUUGACUGCCUCAUGUCCACGUCGAUGGUCUGAUUUCAACGUAUCUGAAAGCGCACGAGUUGAUCAAGGUUUGUGGGUAAAUGAGCUGUUUUUCGUCUGGAAAAAUAAACAGUAUACACCUUUUCUCUCUUAAGUCAGUCAGUAAAACCAGUGUCAAACACGUAGUUGAUUAGAACACGUUUUCAAAGCGAAGUUGAUGGAUGGCUGUAUGGAACUGUCAGUGAUGUAACGGAAUAAUGAUAAUAAUGAUGAUUUUUUUGUGGCUUUCCUCCCACGGUCCAAAGACAUACUCACCUGGUGAGUUGGACACGCUAAAACGGCCCCUGCGGUCAAUUGACGAUGUAUGUUAACUGAUAUUUGACAAUGACAUUACCGUAACUAUACUGCGACUCUACUGGUCAUCGUCAAUAUUUCUCAUGCAUCACGUCAUCUUGGCAGUGUUUUGCUUCCUCGUCGUUUGCUGUUGUUUAUUAUGGUCUUUAUAAGCUGUGAGAAAUGGAAUCAGAAUGCAUUUGAAAUGUCGUGUGUUUCGUAUUUCUCCUUCUGCCUGCAGCGUGAGAGGUGUUUAAUAGUUUCCUCUCGCGCGCGUGAGCUCGCGCUCGUCCGGUCAUGGGUCAGCUGUUUUCAUCAGAGACAGAUGUUGCCGGAGCGAGAGAGGCGAUCGGCUCGCUGCUGUACCAGGCCAUGCAGCAGGAGGGCGCUGUUGCUCGACUGGCCGUGGACUACCCGCUGCUGCUGGAGCCUCACGAGGGCAGUGCGGACCGCUUCACUGAGCAGCUGAAGCAGCUGCAGGUGGACCUGGGGAGCAAGGCGCCCGUCUACCUGAGAGACCUGAUCGGGAGGCUGACGUCGUUCGCCGAGGAGCCCCGUCUGGCCGGGCUCCUGGGCCUGGUGGUCACCGUGGUGAUAGACAUGCUGUACUCAGGCAGCAGACAGACCUCGGCCAGUAAAGCCAAGUCAGGACCUUCCUCCGUCCAGCAGAAGGUGGUGGAGCUGCAGGAGCUGAUGGAGGAGUACCUGAAGCGCUGCCAGAUCCACCUGAGCGACAGAGCCAGACUCAUCCAGGACUCUCAGAGACUGGAGGCCCAGCUGAGCAUGAGCCUCACCCAGCUGAAGACCUGCCUGCUGGCAGGAGACUGUGACUCCAGGUUGGUGACUCGCUGGGCCAAGGCAGCAGCGUUCCACACGCAGAUGUUGGUGCACCUGGCUGCUCUGGAGGAUCAGCCCGAGCCGCUGGCCGCCAGGGCGGCGCUGGACCAGUACCAGGAGGCGCUGACCCGGAUCCUGGCCGCCUACAGGAGCUACAAGUCCAAGUCAGUCCAUGUGGUCAAGUGCCGCAGUGCUCUGCGAGGCUCCCCCGGCGAGGCUCUGGAGGAAGGCUGCAUGACCGGCCUGACGGUCUCGGACCGUGAGACAGGAAAGAGCGCCACCGUCAGUCUGGACGCCCUGCAGGAGGAGCUGGGAAGAAGAGGCCUGGGUGAGCUGGUGGACCUGGACCAGAUCCCCUCAGACCAGUACCUGCAGGCCUACCUGGACCACCUGUUCUCCACCAAGGGCCCGGGGGCCGAGCUGCAGGACUACUUCAGCAGAACCGGCCAGAAGCUGCGAUGUCUGCAGCUGAAGCCGGAGAGCAGGGCGUCGGUGUCGGAGCCGGACGGAGGCCCGGCACAGACGCCGCCCGGAGAGUGUUUGAUGCUCAGCAUCAUGGAGACCAUGAAGCACUAGACUCUAACAUUAUGACCACCCAGCCGAUGACUCUCGCUGCCUUUGGCUCCCGCAGUGGUCAGUGGUCAUCCUCAGUAACCCAAGGUACGGAAGCCGUUACGGUCCAGUCGCAGGGUUAUACUCCGGCUGCAGCCAUCACCAGGGAGAGGCAGGACCAGAGCCACCACAGCUGUGCCUCAGCAGUCUGGACUGUCUAUUGUUGUCUCAAUAAAGUGCCACAAAUCCCAGCUCCAGGUCGACAACUGUGCUUCUUGGUGUUCUGGACAGGAAAGCACUCAGAGAGCGCAGCUGCAGUCCCCACAACACGAGCUAAUGCGCUAAUGCUAAAGAAUCCGUCCCAAAACCCCUGGCUCCAGACGGUGGUCCGGCUCUCUCCCACAAUUGGAUCAGGUCUUGGACCUGUACCUGAACAUGUCAUCCACAUCCGUCUGUAAGGUUAUGGGAUCGGCUUAUCCUGGUGAGGACCUUCUGGCUGGACCCCACAAUGUGAGGGCUCAAACUUGAAAAUAACUGGGUCCAGUCUGUCCUCGCAAGGAUAGAAACAAACCUGUGUGAGUGAGUGAGACUGGCUGUGCAGCAGUGCUCGGAGAACAAUUGACAGCGGAGGCAUGCUUGAGAGUGUGAGUGUGUGAGAGCUCCAUGAGUCACACUUCACAGCUCCAAUUACUGCUCUCUGAGCUCCUGAUGUCGACUGAUUGCUGUUAUUACUCUCCUCCUCCCUCGCUUCUUUCAAGGCUCAAUCCCUUCCUCUGUUCAAGGAUUUGUUUUCUCCCCUUAAAUGAACAGAAGCCAAAAACUGCGGUGGAUCCAGAACAAAACCAAGUGGUUGAGGAACCUCAGCUUGACUCCCUCAGGACCUUGACUGAGGUCAGGAGGCCCAUGGUGGUGGUGAGGUCUCGCUCCACGAGCCUCUACAGGGGAGGACACUUCCCUGCUGUCAUGGCUCCAGCAGGUUGAUGUUCUCGCUGCAGAGAUGAGCCAGUGAACUGCUCCAAAGCUCGUCUGCCACUCUGACGCUGUCGCUGCAGAACAUCAAUGACACGUUGGUGAAUAAAUACAUCAGACUGAACUGACGGAUGAUCAGUCAGUAGAGGUCAAUAGAACGACAAAUGAAGACGAAGAAUAUGCAGUAAAUAAGAAACAAAUGUGAAUUUGAAACUCGACUGGAACCUUCAUUUUCCAUCUCUGGGCUCCCAGGGACCAGCGGUAAAGAGAAUCGCGGUCCGCCUCCCACACUGGCCGCAGCAGCGAGGCCGUGCGUCCAGUUACUGUGGUGAUGCUCUGUUUCCGUGGCGACGCUUCUACAACAUCCAACACGGCUUGCCACGCACCAGCUGCGUGCGCGCGGAUGAAUCUCGUGAUGCGCACGUGGGGGAGAUUUAAAGCCCAGUAUUUGUGAUUGUUUCUGACGUGUUCAACCGCCGCCAUCCAACGGCACGUCUGCAUGUCAGGAUCAAGGCUCUCUCACUUCAUUUCCUAAAAAAUACCAGAAAUAGUUGACAGAAAUAGUUGAUGCCACAUUCAUGCUCAGCAAGUCUCCUACGACAGAUGAGUUAGGUUUCAUAGAGUCUGACUGCAGAUUGAUGAUUCAGUGAGUACAGCGGAAUACAGCUUAUUUAUUGAAUAUCUAACUUAGUGAAUUGAUAUUUCUGCAUGAACCUGGGUUCAGAUUUCUCAAACUAUUCCGGGUAUUUUAUAGGCAAAGAAGUGCGUGAGCACAGCCGGUCUGUCCCUUUAUCCUGGUGAGGGCCGCAGCUAGCAUAAAAACCCAAGUAAUCGCGCAACGGAGUUUUGCUACACGGGGAACAAAUCAAUGUAACAACAUGUUUGUGUGGACGGCGCUGAUCGUGUCUCGUAAAAUAAAUGAAUAUUGUAGUCAGGAGCUCACUGUCAAUCACGGGCUGUCACGUGAACGUCAAAACAUUCUGACACUUGUACACCCCUGGAAUGUUUCUACGAGAGCAAGAGUCGGACUUUACCUGCUGAACUUGCCUCAGUCUUUGAAUAAACUUCUGGGCUCAGCAGUUCACUGACAGUUACUCAGCUAGUGAAACGCUGAGUGGCUGCUCGUUCGUUUACAAAUCAGCGGACAUUUUGCACUUCAACCUGCUCAGGUGAGUUUCACCUGACCGGGCUCACAUGUGAGAGGAGAGUCAGGUAGCGAGAUGAACUGUUGGGACUCUCUGCUCCUCAGGAAUGGCCCCGGCUGCGUGGCUAGCCUGGUCAUCAUCGAGGUGUAAACAUGGGCUCAGAGCGCCUGCGGGUCAUUACCCAUCCUCGAGGUCCGUCCUCUGCUCCCUGGCGACCGACCUCG